UGUAGGUCAAUUUUCUCAUUUAUUAAGCUUAUACCAUUGUUGCAUUCUAAACUUUUAGAGGACCUGCUUAAAUACAAGUCUAUUUUCCUCUAGAAGCCUCACAUCACUGAGAAGGUUGUAGGUCGACUUUCUCCUUUAUCAAGCAAUACUAUUGUCACAUCUAAAAAUGCAGGACAUGCUUAACUACAAGCCUAUUUUCCUAUAGAAGCCUCAUAUCUUCUGUUUUUUUUUUUUUUUGAAAAUCUCUGUCCAAUGGUGAUGCACAGGGAUUGUGUUAUUUUCACUUUAGGACUAAUUUAUUGUUUGAAAAUUUACUGACUUAUGAGCUGCGUUUGAUUAUGUAGUUGACGACGAAUACAUUAUUGUUGGAUCUGCCAACGUCAACUAAAGAUCAAUGGAUGGUGCAAGGGACUCGAAAAUAGCCAGGGGAGCCUACCAACCUCACCACUUGGUGACAAGGAACCAACGAGCACAAGGUCAAAUCCACGGUUUCCGAAUGGCUCUGUGGUAUGAGCACCUUGGCAUGCUUGAUGAUUCUUUAAAGCGCCCUGAAAGCAGUGAGUGUGCUGAGAAGGUUAAUCGAUCUGCAGACAAGUACUGGGAUCUCUAUUCAAGCAAAUCUCCUGAGCGUGAUUUGCCUGGUCACCUAUUUCACUAUCCUAUUGGUGUCUCUAGUGAAGGAUAUGUCUCAGAGCUCCCAGGCUUUGAGUUCUUCUCCGACACCAAGGCACGCGUGCUCGGUGUUAAAUCUGACUAUCUCCCACCAAUCUUAACUACCUAAUCUAAUCAAUAUUGAGAAGUAACAUCCCAUCUUCUCAUGCUUUUGUGAAUCAUACUGGA